AGCGGCGCGGCCUGACGGGACCGAGGCGACGGGAGUCGGGCGGUCUAUCCCUUGGUUGUGGCCUCGGCGGCGUGCACGUUGUGUGGAGAACAUGGCGGACGCCGAAGUUGUUUUGUUGAAGAAACAUAAGAAGAAGAAGGACCGGAAGUCAUUAGCAGAAGAUGAUGUAGCCGAAAUACAACAUGCUGAAGAAUUUCUUAUAAAACCUGAAUCCAAAGUGGCUCAGUUGGACACAUCUCAGUGGCCCUUGUUAUUAAAGAAUUUCGAUAAGCUAAAUGUAAGGACAACACACUAUACUCCUCUUCCUUCUGGUUCAAAUCCUCUCAAGAGGGAGAUUGCCGACUAUAUUAGGACAGGUUUCAUUAACCUUGACAAGCCUUCUAACCCCUCUUCCCAUGAGGUGGUAGCCUGGAUCCGGCGAAUACUCCGUGUUGAGAAGACAGGACACAGCGGUACUCUGGAUCCCAAGGUGACUGGCUGUCUGAUCGUGUGCAUAGAACGAGCCACCCGCUUGGUGAAAUCACAACAGAGUGCAGGCAAAGAGUAUGUGGGAAUUGUCCGGCUGCACGAUGCCAUUGAAGGGGGGACCCAGCUUUCUAGGGCCCUAGAAACUCUGACAGGUGCCCUAUUCCAGCGACCCCCACUUAUUGCUGCAGUAAAGAGGCAACUCCGAGUCCGGACCAUCUACGAGAGCAAAAUGAUAGAGUAUGAUCCUGAGAGAAGAUUAGGAAUCUUUUGGGUGAGCUGUGAGGCUGGCACCUACAUUCGUACACUUUGCGUGCACCUUGGUUUGUUACUGGGAGUUGGAGGUCAGAUGCAAGAACUUCGGAGGGUUCGUUCUGGAGUUAUGAGUGAAAAGGACCACAUGGUGACAAUGCAUGACGUCCUGGAUGCCCAGUGGCUGUAUGAUAAUCACAAGGAUGAGAGUUACCUGCGCCGAGUUAUUUACCCUCUGGAAAAGCUGCUGACAUCACAUAAGCGGCUGGUUAUGAAAGACAGCGCGGUGAAUGCGAUCUGCUAUGGAGCAAAGAUCCUGCUUCCCGGUGUUCUUCGGUACGAGGACGGCAUUGAAGUCAAUCAGGAGAUCGUAGUCAUCACCACCAAAGGGGAGGCGAUCUGUAUGGCUAUUGCAUUAAUGACCACAGCAGUGAUCUCUACCUGUGACCAUGGGAUAGUAGCUAAGAUCAAGAGAGUGAUCAUGGAGAGAGAUACAUACCCUCGGAAGUGGGGUUUAGGUCCAAAGGCCAGUCAGAAGAGGAUGAUGAUCAAGCAGGGCCUUCUGGACAAGCAUGGCAAGCCCACGGACAGCACACCCGCUGCUUGGGUACAGCAAUAUGUGGACUACAGUGAUUCUGUGAAAAAAGAGGUGGUUGCUGAAGCUGUGAAAUCCCCACAGGUAGUUGCUGAAACUGUGGAAAGUCAAAAGCGGAAACGAGAGAGUGACAGUGAAAGUGACAGAGAAACCCCUCCAGCUGCUCCACAGUUGACCAAGAAGGAGAAGAAGAAGAAUAAAAAGGACAGAAAGGCCAAAGCUGCUCUAGAGAGUGCGGGCGAGCUGGGAGAUGUGCGGAAACGAGAGAGUGACAGUGAAAGUGACAGAGAAACCCCUCCAGCUGUUCCACACUUGACCAAGAAGGAGAAGAAGAAGAAUAAAAAGGACAGAAAGGCCAAAGCUGCUCUAGAGAGUGCGGGCGAGCUGGGAGAUGUGGACAGUGACACUACCAAAAAGAAGAAGAAGAAGAAAGCAAAAGUGGGUUCUGAGUAGUGACAGCUGCUUUGAGCAUUUUGUCCUGCUGGGAGAAGAAUUAAAGCCUUACUGGGAAAACAUGAAUCCUUGUGUUGUUGUACAUAGGGUUCCUGUGAGUCAGAACCGACUCAAAGGCACCUAACAACAACAACAGCAAUUGUACAUAAACUUUAUAUCUCCAUACUCACCACACUAGUAUGUGGUCAAAUGACUUGAGAAAUGUCCUAAAAGACCUCAUGAGUGUGACACAAAGCAUCAAAGUGCUAUAAAUGGUUACUUUUCCUCCCUUGGAUAUGUCUACCUUCACUGGAGAGUCAAAUAGACUGGCAGAGACAGCUGCUACCUGAGACUAUGGUGAUGUUAUCUGGUGUGUUCAGCCCAUCUUGUCCUGUUUUAAGGACCUGGGUGAUGAAUGAGGCGUAUUGGGUUCACAGAUGGCUAAGAGUUCAAAAGCCUCACCUUCAGAUGGAAGACCACCCGGCAACUACCCACAAUUGUUUUCUAAUUGCCUUUUUAACAUCAGUCUUCUGAUUUUUUUCCCUGUUUAAAAAAUUUGUAAUAAGUCUAUUCAGUGACAAAAAUAUUAACUAAACCAAGUUGUCUACUGGGGUAAACCUUU